UCUGUACGUGGCAGAUGCCAAGGCAUGGAGCUACGAGUUCCUCAUUUUGGGGUAUCCCCUCUUACCAACACCCUCAAUUUUUUGGGCUCCCUGCAGUCUAACAGAUUCAAAUCCACAGCAUGGUUUUUGUAUGUUUAGGGCCUCCAAUUCCAGCCAGAUGAACAAUGCCCCUCUCCAUCUUCUUCCUCCUCCUCCUCCUCAGCCUUCUCUCCAUCGUUCCUCCGCGCCUCCAUGCUGUUCUUGCACUUCCUGGAGGUUACAACAUCAACUGCGGCGCGUCGCAAGAGGAGACCACCGGAGGCAUCCAAUGGAUCCCUGACGAAGGUUUCAUCAACGUCGGCAACGUGUCCAAGAUCGGAACUCCAGACAUCGUCCCCAUACUUGCCACGGUGAGGUACUUCCCCGAUGAAUCAGCUCGGAAGUACUGCUACAGCAUCCCCGUCGGGCGAGGAGCCAAGUACUUGAUCCGCUCCACGUACUACUACGGCGGCUUCGACGGCGGCGAGAAGCCCCCGGUGUUCGACCAGAUAAUCGACGGCACCAAAUGGAGCACGGUGAACACCACCGAGAACUACGCCAGUGGCCUCACCGCCUACUACGAGAUAGUCGUCGCGGCGCAGGGGAGGACAUUGAGCUUUUGCUUGGCGAGGAAUAACCAGACGACCUCGAGCCCCUUCAUCUCUGCUCUCGAGCUGGUCAGCUUGGAGGAUUCCAUGUACAACGGCACGGACUUCACCAAGUACGCGCUGAGCACGGUGGCGCGACACCGCUUCGGCUACGGCGGCGAGAUCGUCAGCUAUCCAGAUGAUCCGUUCAACCGAUACUGGGAGGCGUUCACGGACUCGAACCCGUACGUGGAGUGCCACUCGAACGUGACGCCGUCGGAGUUUUGGAACCUCCCGCCGGCGACGGUGUUCCAGAGAGCUCUGACGACGAGCCGAGGGAAGAAGCUCGCGGUGCAGUGGCCGCCGGUGACGCUGCCGAGCGCCGCCUACUACGUGGCGCUCUACUUCCAGGACAACCGCACGCCCAGCCCGUUCAGCUGGAGAGUGUUCGACGUGGCCGUCGAUGGCAGGGAGUUCUACAAGGGGUUGAAUGUUUCGGCCGAGGGUGUGAUGGUGUACGGGACGCAGUGGUCUCUCUCAGGGAAGGUGGAGAUUGUGAUGACCCCCAGCAGCGAUUCGCCCGUUGGUCCUGUGAUCAAUGCAGGGGAGAUCCUUCAGAUAGUGCCUUUUGGGGAGAAGACUAUAACCAGAGAUGUGAUUACAAUGGAGGAUCUCGCGAGGAACCUUAAGAACCCACCGCCGGACUGGAGAGGAGAUCCAUGCUUGCCAAGGCAGCAUUCAUGGACUGGAGUGAGCUGCUCUCAGAGUGGUUCCAUCAGAAUAGUGGGACUGAACCUCACAAACUUUGGCCUCUCAGGAUCGCUGCCAAGCAGCAUCAACAACUUGACGGCACUCGCAAAUAUUUGGCUUUCCGGGAACAAACUCUCUGGUCCAAUCCCUGAAAUGAGCUCUCUGAGGAACUUGGUCUCCUUGCAACUGCAGGACAAUCAACUCAGCGGAUCGAUUCCAUCUUCAUUGGGAGGACUCGAAAACCUCAAGGAGAUAUAUCUCCAGAACAACAAGCUCACGGGGAAUGUGCCAGAGAGUUUGAAGAAGAAGAUCGGGGUGGACGUAAAGUAGGCCAAGAUCUUAACCUGCAGCAGCAUCUUGUUUUGUGUAAAUUGUUGUGCAUGACUCCCUUGGUUGUGGUGUUUGACAGGCUUGGACUUGGAAACCAGAUUGACUAACAAAAAACAUUGUGGAGAGCAAUGGGAUGAGACAAGUGGGGGAGGAGGGGAAAUCUAUGCUUAAGGUUGGAGUUGGUCUUUGUUGAGGCUGCAGAGAGGAAUGUAUUUUGUAGUCUCAGUGAGCAGUUCAAGUGCUAAUUCUGAGGUCAUUGUUUGAAUUAGAACUUCUACCUCACUGUUACUGCUUUGCUGCCACCUGUUGGCGUGCUUCUACUACUCUU